CGGCGGACAAAUUUGGGUUAAACUAACACCGCUAGGCUUGGACAAAUCAGCGCGCAUGCUAAUUUGGACCACUCCUGCCACCCGAAGACCAUAAGAGAUCGAUUCGCAGCGAUGCUGCACGCCCGAGCAAAUGCAGCCCUGCUGCUGCUCUGGGCCGCGAGCGCCGCCGCCGAGGACAAGGCCAUGCGAACGCUCUCGAUAGGCACGACGGGCGUCGCCGUCAAAAUAAGACAAGGCCCGGCCUUCGACCAAUUAUUUACGUGGUCGAAGCAUUUAGGAGAUCGCGGCGCGACGCACGGCGAGGCCUCGGAAAGAGAACAGCGGGUGCAUUCGCUAGUGGCGAGCGGCGCCUGGCCGGCCUACGCCUGGGACGAGUACCAACGAUUGGCAGCAGGCAGCGGCCAGGUCGACUCGGGUUCUCUAUUACGGGACUACGGCGUCGCGUUCUCCGUGGCCGAGCACGCAUCGUCGGAGCCGCUCUUCCGGGCGGCCGCAUCAAACGACGCGGCCGAGGUGCGACGGCUGUUGAAAGGCGAUUAUGAGAGCGACGCGGCGCUGCCCGACGGCACGACCGCUCUUCACGCGGCGGCGCUGAGCGAUUCCAUAAAGGUAGCAAAGCUCCUUCUGGAUAGCGCGGACGACGCGCGUUCACUAAUAGAGGCGCGCGGCGCGCACGGGCUGACCGCGCUGCACACCGCGGCCGCCGCCAACGCUCUUAAAGUCGUCGCAGAACUGGUGAGGAGGGGCGCCGUCGUCGAUGCUAGACAUGCCUUCGCCAACUCGACAGCGUUACAUUUCGCUGCCGAGGACGGCCAUCAUGAGAUUAUCAAAGCGCUAUGUGACGCGGGCGCCGACGCCGACGCCUCUACAACAUUAGGUGGAAGGCCGCUGCACGCGGCAGCCCAGAAGGGCCACGGGAAAGCCAUUGAUGCUUUAUUGGAAUGCGGCGCGUCGACAGAAGCCCUCCUGAACAACGACACGACACCUCUUUAUUUAGCAGCUCUGGAGGGCCACGCGGCCGCCGCGCGCGCCUUAGUGCAAGGAGGCGCAUCUCUCACCCCCACGAUCCAGCGGAGAGCGGGGUCCGCGUCGCGCGCCGUCGCCGCCGCACAUGACAGGAACGACUGGCGGCCGAACGCCGAGCCCGGCAACGGGGCCACGCCGUUGCACGCGGCGGCGGAGCACGGCCACGUGGAUGUUGUUUCUAUUCUCCUGGAGGCGGGCGCUCCCAUUGAUGACCGGUCCAUGAGCGGUGUCUCUCCUUUACAUUUGGCGAGUGGCUACGAGCGCCUCGACGUCCUCUCAUUGUUAUUGGAGAAGGGUGCGACCGUCGACAUCGGCGAUAUGCGGGGCGCGACGCCGCUGCAACACGGCGUCGCGUCUCUGCGAAUAGUGGAGGCUUUACUUGAGCGGGGCGCGGACCCGAACGCUCGACGAAGAGACGGCGCGACGGCCGUGCACGCGGCAGCGUCGCUCGGCAACGUUGAGGUAUUGCGCUUUCUUGUGCAGAAAGGUGGGCUGGCUGCGAGUGCCACCGAGGACGGCGUGACGCCGCUGCUGGUCGCGGCGACCGACGAAACGUUGAUAGACGCCCUGGCGGACGCCUCCGACCUCAAAGCAGCCCUGGGGAUACCGGGCCCCGCCACGGACUCGAUCAUUACGCACUCGCGCGAGGCGAAGACGGGCGACCCCCCUCUAAGUCACGCGGUGCGCAAGGGGGCACGUGCAUCGGCCAAGCGUCUGUUAAAGCUGGGCGCGGACCCCAACCUCAAGUCCGAGGACUCGGGCUGCGCUCCGUUACAUUUUGCUGCUAAUAACGACGACGGCCACCUCGUCGAGGCUCUGGUGAAAAAUGGGGCUCUGGUAGAUACAACAUCGGUGGAGUUGGGCGGCUCCACUCCGUUGUACAUCGCCGCGACGCGCGGCGCGACAAGCGCGGCCGUGGCUCUGUUGGACGCGGGCGCCGACCCGGACCUCGCCGUCGACAACGGCGAGACUCCGUUACUAGCCGCGAUCGAGGGCGACUUUAUCCAAGUGGUCCGCGCGUUACUGUCGGAGGAGGCCGAGGCGCCCGUGCGGACCGCAGACCCGAACAAAGGUACACAAUCGUCGUCGGUCCGCCAGGCGCCGUUGCUGUUGGCCGUGGCGCGGGGCCGCGUCGACGCCGCGGCGGCGCUGCUCGAGGCCGGGGCGAACUGCGCCAUGCUCGUGGCGUCGCGGCCAGGGGAGCCGCCCGAGAAUUUGAUCGACGUCGCGCGGCAGCGGCGGGACCACGCGAUGCUCCAGCUGCUCGUGAAAAACGAGGAGGCGUGCGACGUCGGCCUCGAGGACAUGGAAUCAGACUAAUUUUGUGGUUG